GGACUUGCCAAUAUGCACAUUGCCUUCGAUCCCUGUCCCUGCGCACUGUCCAAGCCGUGUUGCUCUGGUGUUUGGUCUUCCCGCACUUGUAGCACAAAGUGGUGACACCAUAUUUCGUCCUCUUUUCCUCAUCACAGACUACCUCUGCGCAUCCUCCAGACGAUCCAAAAGCGUUUCCUCAUUCAGACUGAAGCAGGCCAGCGCGGCGGUCAGCAUGGCGCAUCAAGGUCAAGCAGCAGACUAUUACAAUGGUUCAAACAACGGCGGCGGUCAAUAUCAACAACAAGGGUAUCAACAGUAUGCUCCUCCUCCCGGCCCUCCUCAACAAAGCUAUCAACAGUAUUCUCCUCCUGCAGGCCCUCCGCACCAAGGCUACCAGCAGCAGCCACAGCUUCCUCAGGAUCCCAAGUAUUCCCAGCAGCCCCCGACGUACGGAGCGAACUUUGUACCUCCUCAAGAUGACAAGCAAAGCUUCCAAGAUACAUUCAAGAUCCAAAAGCCCAAGUUCAAUGAUGUAUGGGCUGGAUUGCUGCUCAUAGCAACAUUCCUGGGGUUUGUGGCAGUCUCUGGCCUCACUCUUUACCGGUAUUCACGCUACCACAAGUUCAACGGAGGGGGCAUAUAUGGCUCUUCCAACGACUUCUCGCUCGAUACCAACACCAUCAUCCUUUUCGCUUUUGUCCUCUGCAUCGCAUGGGCGGUCUCCUGGGCUUAUUUCCUAGCUGCGCGCGCUUUCACAAAACAAUUCGUUUGGCUUACGGGAAUACUAAACUGCGCCUUCGCUGUCGGGACAGCGGUCUACUAUCUUUACCGUCACCUAUGGGCAGCUGGUAUCAUCUUCGCCAUUUUCGCAGCCUUCUCCAUUUUCUGUUUCAUCAGCUGGAUUCCGCGUAUUCCAUUCGCAGUGGUUAUGCUUCAACAGGCCAUGGACAUCGCUAGGAUGAGACGCGUCCACGUUUUCCUGGUUAGUCUCAUUGGUGGUAUUCUCAGUGUUGCCUUCGCAGCAUGGUUCUCUGUCACCCUGGUGGCAGUAUAUGUCGCAUACGAACCAAGCAGCUCUGGCGGCACCUCCAAUCCCUCUUGUGCGAGUGGAGGCUGCUCUAGCGGCAAAGUCCUUGGUCUUGUGGUUUUCGUCACUUUUGCCGGCUACUGGAUUACCGAAUGGCUGAAGAACACAAUUUAUAGCGUCAUCGCUGGUGUGUACGGCAGCUGGUAUUUCUGUGCCGGUAAACCUGGUGGUAUACCCAAGGGGGCCACCGCAGGGGCAUUGAAACGAGCGACAACGUAUUCCUUUGGAUCAAUCUCUUUUGGCAGUCUCAUAGUCGCCAUCAUCAACAUGUUGCGUCAAGCUUGCAGUAUCGCGCAGCAGCAAGAGGCCGCAGACGGCAAUAUUGUUGGGUCCAUCAUGUUCUGCGUUCUGGGGUGCUUCAUCGGCAUUCUCAACUGGCUUGUCGAGUUCAUCAACAGAUAUGCCUUCUCCCAUAUUGCUCUGUACGGUAAGGCAUACAUACCAGCAGCCAAAGACACCUGGAAGAUGAUGAAGGACCGAGGAAUCGACGCACUGAUAAACGACUGUCUCGUGGGCCCCGUCCUCACGAUGGGCUCCGUAUUUGUGGCAUAUCUAUGCGCUCUUUUCGCCUACCUUUAUCUCGAAUUCACUAAGCCUUCAUACAACGAUGGCCGGACAUUCACGCCUGUGAUAAUGGCCUUCGCCUUCCUCAUUGGGCUUCAGAUAUGUCAAACUUUCCUGACUCCAAUUGGGGCUGGUAUUGACACUAUUUUCGUUGCAAUGGCCUGGGAUCCACAGGUUGCCAUGACCGACCAUCCUGAAUUUUGGGAACGCUUGGUGCAUGUUUACCCUCAUGUCCAGGACCUUAUUCACGUCUGAGAACAUGGCUUCUAGAAUGUUGCGGUUGUGCAGGAAAAGGAUGGUUUGCAGCGAAAUUUGCGGCCAUGGACACGCUCCACGUAGCGGAUGUGCAAUCCCGCAUGCAUCACUAGCUAUCAGUUUAUCAGUCAAUACACAAUUGACCAAAGAGAAUGAAAGAUCUCGAGAGCAAGCGAGCCUUUAAUGCAGCAUAUCUAGGCGAAAUGCCCCCUUAGCCGACUUGUGAUCGAGGAAUGUGACAUGGUAGCAUUACAUACUGUAGCAUGCAGCAACAUGGCCCUUUUUGAUAUGGUGAACUACCUCCACAUACCGGUUAUAUGUUUUGCCAGGUGCGUAUCUCGCGCUAGGUGUUGUACUUAUUAGCUUGGCCUCCCCCAAAGAGGCAGCUCCUCAGCCCUGUCUA